UAUCCUGCUUUGGUUCAAAUGCAAGAGUUUUUCCAGACGAGCGAUACCGCAAUGAAUGCUUCAUUGGCUAUCUACAUUUUUUUUAUUGGGGUUUUCCCACUCUGUUGGUCCAGCUUUUCGGAUAUCCAUGGCCGGCGACCGAUAUAUCUCAUAUCAUUUAUAGUUGCUAUCCUCGAAUCAGUUUGCUGUGCUGUCUCUGUCAAUAUAUCUAUGUUUAUCGUAUUUCGUGGCAUAAGUGCCGUAGGCUCCUCCUCAGUUCUCAGUCUUGGAGCAGCUACCAUUGGUGAUAUUUUUGAGAGUCAUGAACGAGGUCGAGCAUUUUCGUACUACAUGACUGGACCACUGCUAGGUCCAGCAUUGGGGCCAAUUAUUGGUGGUGGACUCAAUCAGGCACUUGGGUGGAGAAGCAUUUUUUGGUUUGUCACCAUAACAAAUUCAUGCAUUUUGCUUUCAAUACUCUUUUUUCUGCCGGAAACACAAUACAAAGGAGAGGCUGUUGAACGAAACAGUAAUAGAGAUGGCGAAACGCGCAGCAAUAGUGAAAACGAAGACAAGAGAAAGCGAAAAGCAGUUAAUCCACUUGCAGCGCUUGGGCUUUUACGCCACUUAAAUAUCGCCUUGGCAGCACUCUUCAUUGGCGUACUAUUCAUGGUGUACUACCUUAUAAACGCUAACUUUACGCGAGUGUAUACGGUGCAAUACGGACUGGACUCAAGUGCCGUUGGCCUUUGCUAUCUUCCAAUUGCAAUCGGUAACGUUCUUGGUGGCAUCAUUGGUGGUCAAGCCUCUGAUCGACUCUACAUGAAACAGGCCAAACAAAACCUUGGGCGUGAAUUUCCAGAGAUGCGACUCGGGGGAAUUAUCUUCUAUAGUGCUAUUGUUAUCCAAUUACUGGGUUUCGCAGCUUAUGGAUGGUGCGUGCAAUACAAUAUCCAUUUUUCUGCCGGUCUGGUUUUUUUAUUCUUUGGUACGAUAUAUAGCUUUCUACAUAGUCGAUGUACUACCUCGAACUACAUAAGGAAGACAUGCCUAAUCUAUAUCGCUUAUUUGGAAUAUAUACACAGUGGGCCUAUCCCUGGGUGGUCCGAAUAUCACUACUUCAACUUACAUGGUCGACUGUCACCGGGAUCGAAGCGCCUCUGUUACCGGUAA